UCUGUCGGCGGCGCUCAGGACCUGCCUACUUAUAGCUUUCCAUUCUAGCCCGCUUGAAAGAAAAAAAAACCUCCACACAGAUAGAAAAGAAAGACGGAGAGUAAGACCCGUGCGAGUUAGCGGAGAGGGAGGGACAGCGAGUCAGGAAGACACCGAAAAGCCGGGGGAGGACCGUUAAUUUCAUCCACACCGUCUUGAAUGCGUGGGGGAGAAUAACGUAUUGCUGUAACAUCCCCUCAUCGAGAAAAGGUGGAAUACUAGAGAAAGAGGUGAAAUACAGCCACAUCGAUAUGGAUUCAUAUGAUGCAGACGAAAACUGUUACAUGCCUCAAGAAGAUGACUGGGACCGGGAUCUACUUCUGGACCCCGCGUGGGAAAAGCAGCAAAGAAAGACCUUCACAGCCUGGUGUAACUCCCACCUGAGGAAGGCCGGCACUCAGAUUGAGAACAUCGAAGAGGACUUCAGAGAUGGUCUGAAACUCAUGCUGCUGCUGGAGGUCAUCUCAGGAGAGCGUCUGGCCAAACCAGAGAGAGGCAAGAUGAGAGUCCACAAGAUCUCCAACGUCAACAAAGCUCUGAACUUCAUCACCGGUAAAGGAGUAAAGCUGGUGUCGAUCGGAGCAGAGGAGAUUGUGGAUGGCAACGCCAAGAUGACGCUGGGGAUGAUCUGGACCAUAAUCCUUCGCUUCGCCAUCCAGGACAUCUCCGUGGAAGAAACAUCUGCCAAAGAAGGCCUUCUGUUAUGGUGCCAGAGAAAGACUGCACCCUACAAGAACGUCAACAUUCAAAAUUUUCACAUCAGCUGGAAAGAUGGCCUGGGAUUCUGUGCUCUUAUUCAUAGACACCGUCCAGAGCUCAUUGACUACGGGAAACUGCGCAAGGAUGACCCCAUGACCAACCUGAACACGGCCUUCGACGUGGCAGAGAAGUACCUGGACAUCCCCAAGAUGCUGGACGCUGAGGACAUCGUGGGCACGGCCCGCCCGGAUGAGAAGGCCAUCAUGACCUACGUCUCUAGCUUCUACCACGCCUUCUCUGGCGCCCAGAAGGCAGAAACGGCAGCUAACAGGAUCUGCAAGGUGCUGGCAGUGAACCAGGAGAAUGAGCAGCUGAUGGAGGACUACGAGAAGCUGGCCAGUGAUCUGUUGGAGUGGAUCCGCAGGACCAUCCCCUGGCUGGAGAACCGUGUUCCGGAGAACACCAUGCAGGCCAUGCAGCAGAAGCUGGAGGAUUUCCGGGACUACCGCCGCCUCCACAAGCCCCCCAAGGUGCAGGAGAAGUGCCAGCUGGAGAUCAACUUCAACACCCUGCAGACCAAGCUGAGGCUGAGCAACAGGCCCGCGUUCAUGCCCUCCGAGGGCAAGAUGGUCUCGGACAUCUCCAAUGCUUGGGGAGGCCUGGAAGGGGCAGAGAAGGGCUACGAGGAGUGGCUCCUCAACGAGAUCCGCAGGCUGGAGAGACUGGACCACCUGGCCGAGAAGUUCCGCCAGAAAGCAGCUAUCCACGAAGCCUGGACCACAGGCAAGGAAGAGAUGCUGCAGCAGCGCGACUAUGAGAUGGCCUCUCUGUCCGAGAUCAAGGCGCUGCUGAAGAAGCACGAGGCGUUUGAGAGCGACCUGGCUGCCCACCAGGACCGCGUGGAGCAGAUCGCCGCCAUCGCGCAGGAGUUGAAUGAGCUGGACUACUACGACUCCCCCAGUGUGAAUGCCCGCUGCCAGUCCAUCUGCGACCAGUGGGACGCUCUGGGAACGCUGACCCAGAAACGCAGCGAGGCUCUCCAGCGAACCGAGAAGCUGCUGGAGACGAUCGAUCAGCUGUACCUGGAGUUUGCCAAGCGAGCUGCGCCGUUCAACAACUGGAUGGAGGGCGCCAUGGAGGACCUGCAGGACACCUUCAUCGUCCACACCAUCGAGGAGAUCCAGGGGCUGAGCACUGCCCAUGAGCAGUUCAAAGCCACUCUGCCCGAGGCGGACAAGGAGAGACAGGCUAUCCUGGGGAUCCACAACGAGAUUGCUAAGAUCGUCCAGACCUACCAUGUGAACAUGUCUGGCACCAACCCCUACACCGCCAUCAACCCCCAGGAGAUCAACACCAAGUGGGACAAGGUCAGACAGCUGGUUCCUCAGAGAGACCAGGCCCUGAUCGAGGAGCACGCUCGCCAGCAGAACAACGAGCGGCUGCGCAGACAGUUCGCCAACCAGGCCAACGUCAUCGGACCCUGGAUCCAGACCAAGAUGGAGGAGAUCGGCCACAUCUCCAUUGAGAUGCACGGGACCCUGGAGGACCAGCUGUCUCACCUGCGUCAGUACGAGAAGAGCAUCAUCAACUACAAGCCAAAGAUCGACCAGCUGGAGGGAGACCACCAAUUGAUCCAGGAGGCGCUCAUCUUCGACAACAAGCACACCAACUACACCAUGGAGCACAUCCGCGUGGGCUGGGAGCAGCUGCUGACCACCAUCGCUCGCACCAUCAACGAGAUUGAGAACCAGAUCCUGACCCGCGACGCCAAGGGCAUCAGCCAGGAGCAGAUGAACGAGUUCCGAGCCUCCUUCAACCACUUCGACAGGGACCACUCGGGCACUCUGGGUGCAGAGGAGUUCAAGGCCUGCCUGAUCAGCCUGGGUUUCGAUAUCGCCAACGAUGCACAGAAGAGAACAGGAAUGAUGGAGGCCGAAGACUUCAAAACCUGCCUUAUCUCCAUGGGUUACCACCUGGGCGAGGCAGAGUUCUCUCGCAUCAUGAGCAUCGUGGACCCCAACCGACUGGGCCUCAUCUCCUUCCAGGCCUUCAUCGACUUCAUGUCCAGAGAGACUGCCGACACAGACACUGCCGACCAGGUCAUGGCCUCCUUCAAGGUCCUGGCAGGGGACAAGAGCUACAUCCUGGCUGACGAGCUGCGUAGGGAGCUGCCUCCUGACCAGGCGGAGUACUGCAUCGCCCGCAUGGCGCCCUACACCGGACCGGACGCCAUCCCCGGAGCCCUGGACUACAUGUCCUUCUCCACAGCACUGUAUGGAGAGAGUGACCUCUGAGGCCCUGCUCUGACCCCUGACCUGGGCACCGCCAGCCAACCUGCUCUGAACACCGCAGAUCCCCCCCCCCCCCCCCCCCUCAGUGCUGAAACCAUUUUUGUACGUCCCCGGCCUUAUCUUUUCUUUUCUGUCACACUCCUCUGUGCGCUCCCUCGUUCCUCCACCCCCCUCCAGCCCUCCUUCCGCCCCUCACUUUUUGUGUCUGUUGUUUUUGCUUUAUCAUGCAAUGCAGCAACCCUCCAGGUUUACAAAGAGGGAGAGAAAUGUUUUCUGUUGUAUUUUCUUGUUGUCAUUGUUUUCUUCAUAAAAUGAAUAAAGUUAACAUAUUUUAUUAUACAGAACUAAAAGGUAUUUUUCUUCACCCGUAUGAAAAAAAAUUAAACAAAAAUUGAAAUAAAGAAAAUUGCAAUA